ACGAUCCAUCGAAUUUCGCUUGGCCGUGCCGUAGAGCUGGCUGCGCUUUGUGCGCUUGAUUUGUCAAGGGAACGAGCGUAGCGUAAGCGAGAGGCGGAGCAGCCCGUCGUGCCGGAUGCCACUACGUUAAUCCGUUUUUGUCGACGUAAAGCGUCGACCCGACGACCGGAGUAACGACCAAGGUACCGGCGACGAGAGAACGACGACGACGGCGACAAGAGGAAGGACAAGGAAGACGGAGAGAAGAACGACAACGACGACGACGACGGGAAGAAGAGGAACGCGUGGCCAUCGGUCCCGUGCCAGCGAUGUGGCGAGCGUCCUGGGCCGCUGGGUGUCCGGCGGGGGUGCUCGCGCGUCCCGUGACGGCCGUGGCGAAUCUCCGGAUCGAGGGGUGAGGAAGUCGACGUAGGAGCAGCUUGGGGCGCGCUCAGGCGAAGUGCGAACGAGCGAGCGAAUAAGCGCAAGCGAGUUUCACAAGGUCGCUCUUACCGAGCCGCGCCGCAGCCAGGAGGCAACGACGACCACUCGUCCUCGUCGACGGUAGGUAAAUAGAGUACCCUCUACGUUAGAGCGCAACGAUGGCAUCGCAGAAUCAGGGCGCCGUCAAUGUCUCCUCGCCCGGUAUAACGUCGGCAAUGACAACGACGACGACGACGACGACUACGACGGCAAAUGGGCCGCCGUCGACGUCGGCGCCGUCGCCGGGCACCACCGUCCUGACCAGCGCGGCCACCAUCUCGGCCGCGAAGGCACUCACCUCUGGCACUCAGCCCUCACAAUCGCAAUCCCAGCAACAGCAAGCCAACAACAUCGAACCGUUGGACAAGAGUUCCUCCAAUACUCUCAAGCGUAAUCCAAAGAUGGAGCUGAGCAAAACUGAUUUGCUGAAGUUACUGGGGUAUCUGGAAGGCGAGCUCCAAGCAAGAGAUAUAGUGAUAGCGGCAUUAAAAUCAGAAAAAAUGAAACACCUUCUAAGUUCCCGGUAUCUUAGCAGUACUGCAGAUCCACAUGCGGCAUUAGCUCGCGACGUUGCGAUAGUAGGUGGUGUUAUUGGUGUUGAAGGAAAUCAAAUUGAUCAACAAGUCGCUAGUCUUGAAGCGCUAGUGACGCAACAAAGAAAGGCGCAAUGUAGAAUGACUAAAGUCCUUAGAGAUGCAGAAAUUAGGCACAGAGCGGUAAUUAAAGAAUUGGAAGAAGAGAAGCGAAAGCACGAACAUGAUACUGCUCAAGGUGACGAUAUCACUUAUGGUCUUGAGAAAGAGCGGACAAGAUUAAAGAAGGAAUUAGAAUUAGAGAAACAAGAAAAGAAAAGAUUAGAGAUGGAGUUAAAGAAAAUUAACGAUCAUCUUGAGGAAGAGAAGAGUCGACAGAAACAGAUAGUCCUGCUCCUCUUAGCAGAACGUAAAAAGAUUAUUAUGAAAUACAUUGAGGAGAGGAAACGAUCUGAGGAUUUGGCUCAAAUACUCAGUGAAGAGAAGGUUCGGAUAGAUUCAAUGGCUGAGGGUCUCGAGGAAGAGAGUAAAAAGUCAUUGCAGAUGGAAGCGGAAUUGGAGAAGCAAUUAGCACAAUUCGAUAUGGAGAGGCAGCAAUAUCGGCAAGCCCUCGUGAAAGAGGAAAAGAGAGCCAAGGAUUUUGAAACGGAAUUAGAAAAAUUACGAGGCGAAAUGGACACUUGGAAGGAGUCGCAGACUCGCGGUCCUGCCAGGGGAGUUUGCGCGACUCCACCACCACCGCCUGCAAAACCAGCAAACUUGGUCGCCAUGCCGACGCUAAGGCCGGCUAGUGCUCCACAAACAAUGAAAGGAGCAGUCUUAGGUACAGGGACACCUAUGGUUAGCAGUAAAGUUGUCCAGCCUACUGCGACAGUGUCCAGUGUUCCUGUCAGUGGUCCAACGACUGGAAUUGCUAGGUCUGUAACACCUGGACAAGCACUUCGCGGAGUUGCAUAUACGCCUAAUUUAACAUCUGUGGGUGGAGAUCACACUCGACCACCGUGUACGAAAGCGACCAAGCGACAGCCGGUUGUACCUGCUCCCGUUAGUACCGCGGCUGCCGCCGCGGCUAAGCUUAUCACGUCGUCGCAAGCCGCCGUCGCCGCUGCGGGGAAGCUCGGUUUUCACGUUGGCCAGUCUUCAAGUCCUGCCGCAAGCCCCACUGUUCAAGCAUCCGCUGCCGCCGCCGCCAGUGGUGCAGGUGGUGGCGGCGGCGGUGGUAUCCUGCCCGCGAAAAAGCCACCGAUCUCGCGCGGCGUGCCGCCCCCGGUACCACCGAAUAAGCCAGUGGUACCGCCAAAAAAGGAGGCAGCCGCUUAUCUCCGAAGACCGGAAAUGCAGUCGCAAAGCGCACCGCAGCAGGAUACCGUUAAGUACGGUAAACCGGCGGCCCCGUCGCACGGUGCGGCGAGCACAGCGGCGAGCGGAACCGCUCCUCUGCAAGUGCAGCAGCAACCGCUUCCGGCGAGCACCAUCCAACCUGCCGCCGACGAAGAGGUCAGUAGUAAGACAGCGGAGUCGAGAUAGAUUAUUAUUAGCGGAAUGAUCGCUAUAUAUUCUCGUAAUAGGAAUGAAAAAUGCACUUGCUAAAAGAUGCACUCUCCAACAAAUGCAUAAUAGAUAAAUGUAAAUACGUACACACAUAUGUAUACACAUACUCACACACGCAAUACGCAAUAUGUGUUCAAUAUACAGAGCAUCGUGUGAAUGUGAUUUCAGACAAAGCCGCGUUGAUUUAGCGCUGAAAGAGAGAGAGAAUAAAAGCGUACAUACUCUGCGAUACAUAAUAGAAAAGAGAAAGAGAGACGCUACGUCGCGAAGCUUGGAAUCUAUGCUGGAUCUGCACGGUGCAAGAGAUUCCGUACUUGCAGGAGACCAUUUCUAAGAUUGCCAAGGAGAGAGAAACGAAAAGAGAGCGCUUUGUACAUUUAAGAUAGACUUUUGGUAGAUCGUUCUGUAAGGACGGCGGUGCGUGUUGUAUAUUACGAUUAGAUCUCAUCACGACCGGCGGCAUCCGAUGAAAAAAAUUCGAGAUUCUAUUCGCAACGGAAUGGCAUUCGUAGUUGUAAUUGAAACAGCCGCGAAAACUAGAGAUAUUUCUCAGAUAUAUGUAAGAUAGCCGCUGUAGGUUCCUAGCUCAUUCUGUACGGACACUGAUUAUUAUUGAUAAACACGAGUCGCUUUAGACAAGUACCCAACGUUAAUACGCGAAGAAGAACGUCUGCAAAAACUAAGGGCUCG